AUGGCUGAGUUCCCCAAGCACCCGUUCCUCCUCUCCGCCGAGGAGACGGCGCAGGCGCUCCGCACCGAUGUCGACAAGGGCCUCACCUCGGCUCAGGUCGCCGACCUGCAGCAGAAAUACCCCAAGAAUGAGCUGGACGUUGGCGAGGGCAUUCCCUGGUACAGCAUCCUGACCAAGCAGAUUCUCAAUGCCAUGAUUAUUGUUCUGGCAUUCGCCAUGGCCCUGAGCUUUGGCAUCAAGGACUACAUCGAGGGCGGCGUGCUCGCCUUCGUCAUCGUCCUCAACGUCACCAUUGGCUUCUGGCAGGAAUACCGCGCCGAGAAGCGCAUGGACGCCCUGCGCGCCCUGUCCUCGCCCAGCGCCAUGGUGCUGCGCGACGGCAAGACCCAAGUCAUAUCCAACCCCGAAGUCGUCCCCGGCGACAUCAUCCUCCUCAAGAUGGGCGACACGGUCCCCGCCGACAUGCGCCUCUUCGAAGCCAUGAACCUGGCCUGCGAGGAGGGCCAGCUGACGGGCGAGUCCAUCCCCGUGGAGAAGAUCACGGAAAACACCAUCGUGGUGCCCGGCACGGAGAAGCACGCCACGUCGGAGGAGGAGAUUGGCAUCGGCGACCGCGUCAACAUGGUGUACGCGACGACGGUGGUGCGCAAGGGCCGCGGGCGCGGCAUCGUCACGGCCACGGGCAUGACCACCGAGGUGGGCAAGAUCGCCGCCUCGACGCACAAGAAGCAGCGCAAGCCCGGCCGCUCCAUGAACUGGCACAAGUACGGCAAGCGCCAGCCCGUCGUCGGCCUCGCCAAGCGCACCUACGAUGUCAUUGGCAAGUUCCUGGGCCUGACCGAGGGCACGCCGCUGCAGCGCAAGCUGUCGGCCCUGGCGUACGUGCUCUUUGGCUGCGCCAUCAUCCUCGCCAUGGUGGUGUUUGGCGUCAACCACUUUGACCUGCGCAACGAGGUCAUCAUCUACGCCACCUCGCUCGGCAUUGCCAUUAUCCCCGAGUCGCUCGUUGCCGUCCUCACCAUCACCAUGGUCGUCGCCGUCACCGUCAUGCGCAAGGCCAACGUCGUCGUGCGCGACCUCUCCGCGCUCGAGGCCCUCGGCGGCGUCACCAACAUCUGCUCCGACAAGACGGGCACCCUGACCGAGGGCGCCAUGAUUGUGCGCCAGGCCUGGAUCCCCUCGUCGCACCUCUACACGGUGCGCGAGUCGCAGAGCCCCAGCGACCCGACCAAGGGCCGCGUCACCUACUCGCAGAACAAGGACGAGCCCGUCGCCGCCGCCGAGGAGCCCAAGCAGCAGCGCGACUACGACAAGGAGCGCAGCGCCGCGGGCAUCAAGUUCGACGUCCCCGACGAGAAGCUCAACCCCACCAAACCCAAGGAGCCCGAGCCCGAGAUGGAGACGGAGAUGACGCCCUCCCUCAAGGCGUUCCUCCUGUCUGCCGCCCUGUGCAACCUCGCCACGGUCCGGUACGACGACGACGAGGAGAAGUGGCAGACGACGGGCGAGCCCACGGAGAUUGCGCUGCAGGUAUUUUCGCACCGCUUCAAGCUGGGCAAGCGGUCGCUCGAAAAGGGCGGCUGGAAGCAGCUCGCCGAGUUUCCCUUUGACAGCUCCAUCAAGCGCAUGUCGGUCAUCUACGACGCGCCCGCCGACGACAAGCCCGAGGAAGGGUCCAUCGUCGAGUCGGACAAGAGCAUCGUCUUCACCAAGGGCGCCGUGGAGCGCAUCCUGGACCUGUGCGACUACGUCGGCUGCGGCGCGGACCAGCAGCCCGUGACCGAGGAGCUCAAGGAGUCGGUGCUCGGGCAGAUGAACCGCCUGGCGUCGCAGGGCCAGCGCGUGCUCGCCAUCGCGUACCGUCCGUGGGAGGGCCGCUUCCGGGCCAAGCAGUCGUCGUCGGCGGCCGAGGACGAGGCGCUGCGCGGCGAGGUCGAGCAGGGCCUCACGCUGCUCGGCCUGGCCGGCAUCUACGACCCGCCGCGGCGCGAGACGAAGCCGUCCAUCGGCGAGUGCUCGCAGGCGGGCAUCAAGGUGCACAUGCUGACGGGCGACCACCCGGAGACGGCCAAGGCCAUCGCCAAGGAGGUGGGCAUCAUCCCCAGGAACCUGGGCGUGCUGCCCGAGCACGUGGCCGAGUCCAUUGUGCAGAAGGCGACCGACUUCGACAAGAUGACGGACGACGAGAUCGACGCGCUCGAGGAGCUGCCGCUGGUGAUUGCGCGGUGCGCGCCCGACACCAAGACGCGCAUGAUCGAGGCGCUGCGCCGGCGCGGCGCCUUCAUGGCCAUGACGGGCGACGGCGUCAACGACGCGCCCUCGCUGUCGCGCGCCGACGUGGGCAUCGCCAUGGGCUCCGGCUCCGACGUGGCCAAGUCGGCCGCCAAGAUCGUCCUGACCGACGACAAGUUCAACUCGAUUGUCGCCGCCAUCCGCGAGGGCCGCCGCAUGUUCGACAACAUCCAAAAGUUUGUGCUGCACCUGCUGACGUCCAACGUCGGCGAGGUGAUUCUGCUCAUCGCCGGCCUGGGCUUCGUCGACGAGACGGGCUUCUCCGUGUUCCCCGUCUCGCCGCUGCAGAUCAUCUGGAUCAACAUGGUGACGUCGUCGUUCCCGGCGUUUGGGCUCGGCCGCGAGCAGGCCGCCUCGGACGUGAUGCGCAAGCCGCCCCAGGACAAGAAGCGCGGCGUCUUCACCAACCAGAUCAUCGUCGACAUGAUUGUCUACGGCGUCAUCAUGGGCGCCUGCACCAUGUGCACCUUCUGCAUCAUCAUCUACGGCGCCAACGACGGCAACCUGGGCGUCGACUGCAACACCAACUGGAGCGAGGCCUGCAACCCCGUCUUCCGCGCCCGCGCCGCCACCUUCGCCGAGCUGACCUGGCUGAUCCUCAUCUCGGCGUGGGAGUUCAAGAGCCUGCGCCGGUCCAUGUUCCGCCUCAACCCCGACGACGACAGCCGCUUCCCGCUCUUCAAGGACCUGUACGCCAACCGCUUCCUCUUCUGGUCCGUCAUCAUCGGCGCCCUGUCCGUCUUCCCCGUCGUCUACAUCCCCUUCCUCAACACAAAGUUCUUCAAGCACAAGGGCAUCAGCUGGGAGUGGGCGCUGUCCGUCGGCUUCACCAUCGUCUUCGUCGCCGGCAUCGAGCUGUGGAAGAUGUGCAAGCGCCACUUCCGCCUGCUCGAGGACCGCGCCGUCCAGCGCGGCGUCUGGGGCCAGGGCGGGCCCGACGACCAGGGCCCCAAGUUCCGCAAGACGCUGUCCAUGUCGAGCUUCAAGACGUGGGCCUCGUUUUCGCGCAAGGACACCGGCGACUCGACGUCCAAGCGCACCCUCUCGCGCGGCACCACGCUGAACGCCGCCGGCGAGGUAUAA